AUGAUUAUUGAUAGAUUUUGGGCUGAAUUAUUCCGGCUUUCAUCGGAUCGUACCCAAUGGAAUAUGUUGUAUCCAUCAUUGCUAUCCAUUACGGUUAUUGAAAUGCCAUCCCGAAAACAUGAUGUCAAUUGUAAAGCUAUUCGAUUGCUUAUCAAAAAUGAAUCCGGAAUUGUUGAUGAGCAAAUUCUUGAUCCAUCAAGUCGUAUCACUCGUGUAUCAUCUUGUUUUGCUUAUUGGCAUUAUCGUGGUGAAACAUACGGUAUUAAUGUAGUCUCGGUUGAUGACUGUGAUCGAUUCUAUAGGAUGGUCAAAGGUAGUUAUGAGAUGUCAAGGUGCAUCACUACACGUGACCCUACCCCUACGUCAUCAUCUAUGCAAUCAACCAUCAUUCCAGCGUUUAUAACGCAAAUUUUUGAAGUAAACGAAGGUGUCGUCAAAAAUCGUAAUGGAUCAUUUACGGAAUGCAUAAUUAAACUUACUCAAAACGGUGCUUUAAUUCGCUUUAAGGGCAAAGAUUUCUCUCUUAAUUUGUUAGAAAGUGUUAUGGUUGUCGGUGAAAUAAAAGAGCGCUUGUAUAUAUCUGAGCCAACUGGUGCCUUUGCUAUCGAAUGUUCCAAUUCGCGAACUUUGCGCUUUCUAUUAAUUAAACUUUUGACAAUUUCAUCUUUCCUACAAUCUACUACCACUAAUAUUUCCAGUGCUACUUAUCAUUUACAAAAAGAAAUUGCGAGAGUAAACGAAACUAUUAAUUCGCUUGUACGUUCACUUGGAUCAUUACAACCAGACUGUGAAUUAGCUCAUGAUUUAAACGAUGAACUAGAAAUGAGCCAAUUGCAAUUGUUUACAUUAAAAUAUCGUUUAGCUGCCAUUUCCGAUAUUAAUUUUCCAACACCAUCGGAAUUAUUAAGUAAAAUUUCAUUGCGUACAUUACGUCAUCUAAGUUCAUUUGGCGGUUCUGCCAUAUGUUCACUACAUUUAUACUUCUUAUGUAAAUCACAGUUUCAAAUG